AUGAGUCAGCUCUGCCUCUCUGCAGCCCUUCUCGUCCUCCUGGGCACCCUGGUGGCCGGCACCCUGGGGAGUGAAGCCACCACCAGGCCCAGGCCUGUCUUCUGCCUAGAGCCUCCAUACACGGGUCCCUGCAAGGUCAAAAUCAUCAGGUACUUCCUGUACUUCAGGUACUUCCAUGACACCAAGUCCGGGUUCUGUGAGACCUUUGUAUAUGGUGGCCGCAAUGCUAAGAACAACAACUUCAAGAUGGGGGAGGACUGCGUGAGGACCUGCGGAGAAGUGGCAGCAAUGUCCUUUGAAACCGUGGACUGA